CAUCCGUGACACACUUCAAUAAUUGUAUUGAAUUUCAUUAAUAUUUUUUCAUACCGUUGUUGUUAUAAUUCCAACGUAUUUCUAAAUGAAAUAAUAGAAUAAGGGUUGUAUUUUUAACUAUUAAAGCUGUUUUAUUAACUAUCCAAAUAUGACUCAGCCUUAUAUGUGCGAGCCGGAGCUGAUAGCUGCCACAGAAAAUAUCCUCCCAGACCUUAACAACGAUUUAAUUCUAGCUAAGAACUUCCUCAAACAACAGAGCGCAGCUACAGGAGACUCUUUGUACGAUCACAUGGUAGACCUCGUGCAUAAGAUUCUGACCACAAAGCCACCGGACGUCGUGGAUAACUUCGAGCAGUACUCGUGGGGGGUGAAGUUAGACAAGUUCCGGCCAAACUUCGAUUUGCUGAAUGACGUGUAUCUCGCACCGCCGCAACUUGCCACCGUGCGGUUGCAAGAGGAGAUGUACCGGCUGGUGGCGAGCAAGUCCGAGAAUAUGGACGCGAUGGACGAGGAGGAGCAGGAGUUGGAUAUGGAGGAGGAGGGAGGGAAAGCUCGCAUCGCAGAUCUCGUCGAGCACAAUUAUUAUUUCCGAGAGGGCGGGUACGGUCUGCCGGCUAGCGAGUGCUUCGCUCUGUUCAUAGCGUUGAAGAUGCUGGGAAUAAAGGAGCCCGUGUCCAAUGUCAGGUUUUUCGGUAAAAUAUUUGGCACGAAACAGAACUACUAUGUCGCAGAAACGGACCUCACUUUAGAAGAGCUGGAUCGAAGAAUAAGAGAAUUCGAAAUGAAAGAUAUGCCAGGGGAAGGUGAGGACAUGGAAGAUAAAGAGGAAGGCGCAGACGAACACAAGGAAUUGGAGGGCGAAGGCGAAGCUGUUGAAGACAAGAACAAGGAGCCGGUGCCUCCGAAACUGCCGCCCGUUCCUGAGCCCACGUGGCAACCCCCACCGCCCAUCCCGGUGGAAAGGCCUGGCCAAGGUGUAAAAAAGAAGGUGUACUGGGUCUGCAACGUUCCAGGAGAGGCAUGGACGUGUCUGCCGGACGUGACGCCCGACCAGAUCCGGGUGGCGCGGCUGACUGUGCGCUGCAUGACCGGGGACCUGGAGACGGAGAUCCAAACAUUUCCGCCGUUUGAGGGUACUGAGCGUAACUACCUGCGCGCCCAAAUUGCUCGCAUCCAAGCUUCCACCUCGAUCUCCCCGCAGGGCUUCUACACCUUCGGAUCUGGUGAAGAGGAGGAGGACAUUGAUAUGGAAGAGGGCAUGGGAGACAUGGCGUUCAACCCGAACCCCUUCUACCGAGGGCACACCAUUAAGGACCUCCUGGACCCGGACAUGACGUACUGGGUGCACCACGGCCGCCACAUCUUACAGCAGGGACGGACUAUUUGGUGGAACCCCAACGCGGGGAUGGACGAAGCUCUAGAAGAAGAGGACGACGAAGGGCCGCCUCCCGUAGCGCCCGAGACCGGUCCCACUCUCAUGUCCCCACUGUCAGAAGACGGGCGUGUUGAAGGGCUGCGCGCGUGGACCGCACGGAAGAGCACUUUGCUGGCGCCCGAGCGGGCGGUGGUCACUAUGCGCAGCAACGUGUGGCCCGGAGCUGUCGCUUAUGCCACUGACGGGAAGAACUCGGAGUGCAUGUACAUCGGCUGGGGGCUGAAGUUCCAGCCGCCGAACUUCUCCCCGCUGCAGCUGCCGCGGCCGCAGGACGAGUACCCCGUCGGGCCCGAGGUCAUGGAGAUGCAGGACCCCUCCUUUGCUGACGAGGAGGCGUACCGCAUCGCGCGGCUGCCGCCGCCGAUCCCCGAGCUGCCGGGAGAGGGCGCUGGCGAGGGCUACGGCGAGGAGGGCGAUGAAGAGGAAGACUAAUAAUGUGUUUAUAAGUCUUCGUAUUCCUUUGUCUAUAAUUAUCUUUGCCAGGCGUCUCGAAA